AUGGAUGAUCUUGCGGCCGAAGUCUGGGCUCGAUCGCGUUCCAAAACUCGAAACAAUACGGAGCAGAGACGUGAGGUAAGAACGAUUUAUGUUACUGUGGCUAUGGCUGAUUCAACUAAAUUUAAAUUUUUGUGAAAAGAUGGUCGAAAAAAAAAUUUUGGAUUUUCGACCAAAAAAUACUUUUUUUGCUCUGUAAAGAAAGUUCUUGCCAUUUUUUGCUCUGGAAAGAAAGUUCUUGCCAUUUUUUGCUCUGGAAAGAAAGUUCUUGCCAUUUUUUAGUUUGUAAAGAAAGUCCUUGCAUUUUUUUAAUUUGUAAAGAAAGUUCUUGCUAUUUUUUGCUCUGGAAAAAAAGUUCUUGCCAUUUUUUGUUUUGUAAAGAAAGUUCUUGUCAUUUUUUGUUUUGUAAAGAAAGUUCUUAACAUUUUUUGGCUUGUAAAGAAAGUUCUUGCAAUUUCCAAUUAUACUUAUAAAAUUUUUGUUCUAUCAACUUUUUGACUUCUAUAAACAGCCAUUCUAUAAACUUUAUGACCUCAAAAACCCCAAUUCCCCAAACUUUCAGACUUCGCUGACCCCGCCCUCCUACUCGGUGGUGGAGAACAAACGUGGCGAUCUAGUUAACCCAGUUUUGAAAGUCAAAUGGCCAGAGCGGCCGGCCAAAGGCCGCCACUCGGUUCAGGGCUACCUCCGACGAAAGCGCGCCAAAGAGCAUGGUCAAAAAGUAGAGAGAACAGAGAACAGCUCGAGUUGCAGUGACAGUAUUGAUGAAGCGGAUCGAAGUGCCAUUCCUGUGGCUAAGAAACUCAAGUCACGGUUCGUGGGCAUCAAACCUGAGUCGGUAAGAAAGUUGUUGCCGUUUUUGGUUCUGUAAAGAAAGUUCUUUCUAUUUUUUGGUUUGUAAAGAAAGUUCUUGCUAUUUUGCCUUUCACUCUAUUUGUAAUUCGCGCGUACGCAAGUUUAACCAACUUAUGUACGCGCGAAUUAUUCAGCCGUACAUAAGUUGCCAUAAUACCAAUUCGUUUUUAAUCACUGUAAACGAAGUUAUUGCUGUUUUCAAAAGUUCUUGCCAUUUUUUUCUGUAAAGAAAGUUCUUGUCAUUUUUUGAUUUGUAAAGAAAGUUCUUGCCAUUUUUUGAUUUGUAAAAAAAGUUCUUGCCAUUUUAAAAAAAAAAUCAUUUUCAGAAGCUCCGUACCUAUUUGAAGCCAACCGAAUCCGUCUUGUACUAUCAACAACCAGAGGAAUACUUUACGAUCGCUGACAUUCCCCUGUCAUACCCACUAAUGUUUGCCUACAUGUCAUGUGAAGGUAAAAUCUACAGUUACAGAGUAAAAGAGACGAAAGGAAGAGAUGGUGCGAAGAUGUGGCAAGUCUAUGUUAAGGACAAGAACCUACCUGAUCAGCCAGUGUAAGUGAAAAGAAAGUUUUCGUCGUUUUUCGGUUUGUAAAGAAAGUUCUUGCCAUUUUUUUUUGUAAAGAAACUUCUUGCUAUUUUUUGAUCUGUAAAGAAAGUCUUUGCUAUUUAAGAUAUUUUUUUCAGAUUCAGAUCCCUGGAUGCCAUGUUGAACUACUAUCACACCUUUGCCAUAAUGUUCAAAGAAAACGGCCGAGUGGAGAGCUUCCCGAUCCCAAAUCAUUAA